UUCAGAUUCGUCAGCAAGGUGUGGAAAACGGAAGAGGAACAUAGACACACAGGGGAGAACCGGAGAAACGGACAGAAACCGAGAAAGUGCUAGAGAGAGAUAUCGAUGGGGACUGGACCAACCGCUCCUGCCGCCUCCGGCCACCGCGGCUCUCUCCUCCUCGCCCUGCUCCUCGGCGCCGCCGCCGCGUUCCUCCCACUAGCCGAGCCGUCCUGCCCGCGAGACAAUUCACUGGUGAAAGACAUAAACCAAAUGCAUCAAAGCGACUAUGGAAGGAAAGGAUUCUCGCAUAUAACCAUCGCCGGCGCACUAGCUCACGGAAUGAGGGAGGUGGAGGUGUGGCUGCAGACAUUUGGUCCAGGGCAAAGGACGCCGAUCCACAGGCACUCGUGCGAGGAGGUCUUUGUUGUCCUCAAAGGGAGAGGCACGCUCUUACUGGGGUCGACCUCACUGCAGUACCCAGGGACACCUCAAGAGAUACCUGUCUUUCAGAAUAGCACGUUCACGGUUCCUGUAAAUGAUCCACACCAGGUUUGGAACUCUGAUGAGCACGGAGACUUGCAGGUGCUUGUGAUCAUAUCACGCCCACCUGUCAAGAUAUUUACGUAUGAUGAUUGGAGCAUGCCUCAUACGGCAGCAAAACUGAAGUUCCCCUAUUUCUGGGAUGCGGACUGCUUGCCAGCACCUAAAGAUGAAUUGUAGAUUGUAAAGCACUUAUGGCAGCUUCAUUCAAGGUGCCAAUGAACUGCGAUCCACACCCGCUCCCUUUUCUGUAUAUCUGUAAUGCCCUUUCUAUCCAAACAACAGUAUUAUCAUGGCUAGGUAGUUCAGAGCUUCUGCAAAGUUUUGCAUUGCGCUAUGUUCGAGAACGCAAGUUUCUUGGAUCUCCCUCGAAUCAACAUUGUUCUCUGUAUGGUUAGUUAUUUUCACCCUUACCAUGCAGAUUUCAUGCCGAAUCCUAAAGAAAAUUCCAACU